GUUUAACGGUCACUGAGGCGCGCGCCUCACUCCCGCCACCUGCUGGGGGCUGCUGGCGCGCGCGGCAGCGCGCGGGCGCCGUUGCCGUUGGCGCCGUUUCCAGCCGCCGCAGGCAGGAGGCGGAGCCCGGUCGCACUCUAAGAUGGCGGCGCUGGGGCCACGUGGUGCCCGCUGAGGGGAAGCGGGGCUUCUUCUAGUGACAUGGCGGCGGUAACACCAGCAGUGGGUACGGAGGAGUACGAUGAAGAUGAGGAAGAAGUGGAGGAGCAACUGGUCCUGGUGGAACUGUCAGGAAUUAUUGAUUCAGACUUCCUAGAGAAAUGUGAAAACAAAUGCAAGAUUUUGGGAAUAGAGACAGAGAAACCCAUUUUACAAGUGGAUAGAUAUGUAUUUGCAGGAGAAUAUGAAGAUACGCUGGGAACCUGUGUGGUUUUUGAAGAGAAUACAGAGCAUGUAGAUGCAGAAGGCAACCAAAAAGUACAGCUGAAAUACAAGUGCCACACAGUGAAGAAGUUGAACAUGACACGGACGCUUUUGACAGAAAAGAAGGAAGGAGAGGAGAAUGUUGGCGGAGUGGAGUGGUUACAGAUCAAGGACAGGGAUUUUUCCUACAGCAGGCCUAAUACGAUAUGCAGCUUCCUGCGUGAAAAAGAUUCUGAGGAGUCCACUCAGGCCCAUGACAAAUUGACAGAAGAGUUAGAGGGAGAGGUGAGUGGUGAGGGAAAUUCUGACAUGAAUUGUGAUCUGGAGAAGCAGCACAGCUUGGAAAUGGAUGUCUCAAGUCCUCUGCCUGACAGCCCGGCUUCUGGGGCAGAGGAUUCCCCUUCUGGAAGCGUUGCCUUAGACGAUGCCCCUCCAUGAUACCAGCUCUGAUCUUUUCAGGACUUGUUCAUGGAGUUAAUGGGCCAACUUUUAUAGGCCAUGACAUGAUUUCAAAUUUAUCUGAGCAAUUAAUAGUGGAAAAAUUGACAUUGUGCUCUUGUGCAUUACUCUUAUGUUUGGCUCACAGUGGAAAGGGCUUAAGUGUUUGUUUGAUUUUUUAAAUGAUGAUUGCAAAUGUCUGUAUCUCUACCUCAGAAUUGAGGAGGAAAUGGUUACAUAGUUAAAAAAGCCCCUACCUUAGAAAAAUGUUGAUGUAUU